AUGUCGACAUCGUAUCUGAUCAUUGGCGCCAAUCGCGGUAUAGGCUUUGGGUUCGUGCGUCAGCUUGCAGUCAAAGCUGACACGAUGGUCUAUGCUUCGUAUCGCAAUGCUGCCAGAUCCUCCGGGCUCAUCAAUUUUGCAAAGACGCACAAAAAUGUCGUUCUGCUCACGCUGGACAUGACCGACGAGAGAUCGGUCAAGCAGGCAGCUGAGGAGCUCAAGGAGCACACUGCGUCCAUUGACGUCGCCAUCUUCAACGCAGGCGUGCAAGGCUUUGUCGGCGACGUGCUCGAGACGUCGCCCAGAGUCUAUCUGGAGCACUUUGAGCAAAACGUCGUCGGCCCGCUGAUCCUGACGCAAGUUUUCGCUCCCUUCUUGCUGGCCAGUACCCGUGCCCGACGCGAGCUCGUCUACCUGUCAUCUGCUGCAGGCUCGAUCGGUAGCUUGCCAGAGACCGAUGGCCUCGUCACUGCCGUGUUUGGCACCCAGUCGUACCCUUUGGGUCACUACGCAACAUCAAAGGCUGCGCUCAACAUGCUCGGUCGCGUUGUAGCGCUGAGCCUCGAGAAGAAAGGCAUCAAUGUCUUGCUGGUGCAUCCGGGAGUCGUGGCUACGGAUAUGUCGACAUUGGCUGAAGGUCAGAGCGGUGCAAUCAGUGUUGACGAAUCUGUGGAGACAAUGCUCAAAGGGAUCGCAUCCGCCGAGAUUGGCAAAGGUCAGCAGGGCAUGCUCAGUUACGAUGGCUCGGUAGUCCCGUGGUGA